AACACCUCCACAAUGGACAUCCAACACCUAUAAUUCAUUGUGACAUAAAACCAAGCAAUAUUUUACUAGAUGAAGACAUGGUUGCACAUGUCGGAGAUUUUGGCGUUGCCAAAUUGUUGGGAGAAGGUGAAGUAAUGAAGCAAACCAUGACUCUUGCAACUACCGGGUAUAUGGCACCAGAAUUUGGAUCAGCAGGAAUUGUUUCUAUAAAAUCUGACGUCUAUAGUUAUGGGAUCGUCCUUAUAGAAACUUUCACAAAGAAAAAGCCAACUGAUAAUGUUUUUGUUGAAGAAGAGACUAUAAGGCAUUGGAUGGAAAGUUCAUUGCCUAAAGGAGCGAUAGAAAUUGCAGAUGUUGAUUUACUAAGAAGAGAGGAUGAGUACAUUGUUGUUAAAGCAAAUUGUAUUUCAUCUAUCAUGGAGUUGGCUUUGAAUUGUUCAGCUGAGUUACCAGAAGAAAGAAAAGAUAUGAAAGAUGUUGUGGUUGAGCUGAAGAAAAUCAAACAAAGGUUGCUAAACAACAUCCAACAUUUUUAACAGAGAUGGUGAGUAAUGAGUACACUUAAUUUUAUCUUUAAUUCAACAUUUUUAAUCUAUUCUGGAAUUUUAAUCAUAUAAACUUUUUUUUCUUUUGCUCUCUUCAAAAUUCAAACUUCUUUUGCAAAAUCAAAAUGGAAACCAAUAAAAUAAGCAACAAGCCUUCCCAUGAAUUACGAUUUAUGGUAGCUUUUGACAUCAAGUUAUUUUCCUUGUUAGAUUGGAUUUUCUUAGUUUCUUUUUCCAUUUACGGUAUAAUUUUAUUUUAAUCUUUUGCCAAAGAUUUUAUUAGUGGCGAAGCCAGGUAAUCCUUUUAGGGGGGUGAAAUUAAAUUGUAAUUUUUACUAUAGUAAAAAUGUAAUUUCACCAUUUUAAUAGCCUAUAUUUUUAUAAUUACUAAAGAAUUAAAUCAAAGUUUUAUCAUUUUUGGGUGCCAAAGUUAAAUUUUACUUUUAUCAUUUUAAAAUUUUAAAAUCUUAAAAUUUUAAAUGGCUUAAAUAGAAUUUUUUAUUUUAUUUUAAAUGACAUAUAAGUUUUAUCUGUUUUCAAGUAUUUUCUAAGUCUUUCUCUUUAUUUCCUUCUAAAUUUUUCAAUUCAGAGACAAGUAUAACACAAUGGUCUUAAUUAAACUAGCUUGCCUGGUCAGGUAAUUUGCUGCUUUCCAUUUAUUUAAAGUUAUUUAGAGUGGUUUGUAUUUAAUAUUGUCAUAGUUGAAAGUAUCAUUCAUAAUCUAAUCUAAUUGUGUUUUUGGCUAGUGGUUGUUGAUCAAGGAAAACUAAAGGAGGCCAAUAAGAAGAACGAAACUCCACAUCUUUACUAUCAUGUUCUACAAAACAAAGAGACUUUUUUCUCGAAUAAAUUUGUAUUGGUCUAUCAAUGUUCCAUGGAUUAUGUUGUUUUUCUAAUGUAGGAGGGGGUUUUGUCAAUAUUGCAUGCAAAAUCAAAGUAAUAUUUGCCAAUGCUUAGCUUAAUCAACUCUUAUGCUACUGUGGAUUUGAUUUGUCUUUA